AUGUAACCGAGCACUGGCCGACAGUGUUACAGUGAUUAAAGGACUGAAUGAAUAAUUUAGAGGUCUGUUCACCUGAGAUGACUACAAUUCUGAGAUCGAGUAGGAGUGUCUGUUCAACCAGUUUAUACUGUCUAAAAGUACAACACUCAAGCUUCUGAUAGAGUCAUCUUGCUAUCAGGAAGUGUUAGUAUCAGAGUUCUAGGCAACGUUUGCAGUUUGCUUCCUGUGUUUAGUGUUGCCCCUGGCAGAGGAUUAAGUACUAGCAUUACUGUUAUAGUGGAAUUUCAACUAUUGUUCCAGACUGAAUUUUGGAAUAAAGACUUGUUCAGAAUUAAGUGUCUCAACUGAGUGUCUACAACAUGGAGGCCAAGCGAGUGAAGAGGGAUGUUAAAACUUUGCUUGGUGAAUAUAUUGGACAGCGACUCAGAGAAAAUGGUUUUGAUCCAAAAGGGAAAAGCACUUUUACAAUGUUAGAUGAUUUGGCCCAUUACGACUUGGCUAUAAGUGUGGCUUUGUGGUGGCUCAAUAAAGAUGACGGGAAGAAUGCAGAGAACAACUACAUAGGAAUUGGCAGUUUACGACAUAUUAGCCAGUACCCUAAUCGCCUGGAAAGAGAAGCAAUGAUCCUUUCUUCCUUUGCUGGAAUGCUUCUGAACAGCUUACCUAUAGAAGACAUUCUGUCUCUGUACAGUUGCAAACCAUCUGCAUCUUACCCUCAUAAUCACAAUAAGGGCAACAUUGUUCACCCAUUCCCCCUCUCUUAUCAUCCAUUUGCAAUGCUUAGUUCAUUCAAAGCAGUAGAGCGCUCAAGAAAACACACCCAGGUGCUGAAACGCUGGAUCAAAGAACACAGUAAACAGGAAGUCUCUCCAGCAACAGAGACACUGGAGUCGUCCUCCUCUUCUAGCUCCUCAUUUAGUGACAGUGAGGACUCUUUAAAAGAUGAAACCGCUCACUAUGAGGGCUCGCAAGAAUCUCUGCAGGACUGAAAACAGCAGAUGUCUAACAAGCAAAUAUCCAUUUGCAUGGUUUAUUGUACAUUGCUAUGAUUACACAUUUAUCAUCCUUGCAGGUGUUUCCUGGCUUGUCUGUAUUGUUAAAAUAGUGGUUCUUUCCCAAGACUUUGUUCACAUCUAGGUAAUAAUAAAGAGAGGAGAUUAAUUUAGAUUAAUCUAUUUUAUAAAUACCAAGAUGACUUGUUUUUACUGACUUUAUUAAUAUUUGUCCAAAGAGUUCAUACAGUAUCUUUUAAAAAUGGAAGGUGUGUAUAAUUAUUUUGUCCAUGCAUUCUCAGUUUAUAAUAAAUGUGAAUGAAAAUGCAAUGUUAAACUUAAAAUAAUCAAUAAAGUUCUUGAACUACAUAUUGACUCAGUGACACGUUGUACAUUACAGACGUAUUUAGUUCUUUUGAUGCAUUCUAUGGCAUAAGCAAUAAUUCCGUCACAUAAAGCAUCUCAUUAGUGUCUGGAUCAAACAGAGGAGGGCAGCUGAGGUCAGUAAUUUGCCAGCUAGGAUUUUUGAUUUGAUGAAUCAGGGCUUUUAAAUCUAUGGAUAGGAUUAAGAGUUUGGCAGCACCAUCAGAGUGCCAAAUCCCAGUCAUUGAGAGGACAAAUAAAGUUUGAUCCACCAUGUUGAUAGAGGUUUAU